CUUACUUACUCGCACAGACCUUCAAAAGCAGAAAGGAAUAGAAGAGGAGAAUAAAAAAUCCGGCGUGGAGUGACUGAGAGAGAAAUAAAAAUGCAGCAAUCUCACCCUCCGCCUGCCGCCACCACGACCCCAACCGGUCCGCCGGAAUCCGGCGACUCCACGGCGGAAGCUCCGCCGAAGCAGGUGGCGCUGGCCAUGGACCGUCUAUCGUCGGCGGGCCGUCUCAUCGCUGACAUUCGCCUUGGCGCUGAUCGCCUCCUGGAAGCUCUCUUUGUCGUAGCAGCAGCGGCCCGCCCUCACUCCCAAUCAGACAAGCCUCUGCGUUUGAUCCUCAAGGAAGAAGCUUCGAUGCGGCAGCACCUUCAAGAUCUUCGUACUGUCGGAAGGCAACUGGAAGCUUCUGGAGUUCUAAAUGGCUCUCUUCGGUCACGCGGUAAUUCAUGGGGUUUGCACAUGCCCCUUGUUUGUCCUGAUGGUGCCGUUGUUGCAUAUGCUUGGAAGCGUCAACUUGCUGGUCAGGCUGGUGCAUCUGCUGUUGAUAGAACUAGAUUGGCUCUCAAGGCAUUUACAGACCAGAAGAGGCGGUUCUUUCCCCACCUUGAGGAUGAAUCAUUCGGCCAAGCAUGUGGUGGAGAGUUUGGAGCCUUGAAAAAACAUCGCAGUUCGCAAGCGUCAACAAUCAGUCGUAGAGAUGAGAUUAGUGAAGACAAAACUCUAUCUGAUGUUCUGAUCCAUUUGGAAAAAGAGGCACCUAACAUGAGAGUUUUCACUUACCAGCGCUUGGAUUGGCUGAAAAGAGCUUCCUCAUUGUCAUCUUCUGGAAAUGACAACGUCAUAGAUCUAUCAAAAGAACAGAUUUACCACGGUUCGAAUAGAUUAAGAACGGGGUCACUGGGUGCUGUGGCUGCAGAUCAGGUGGCUGUUGUUGAGCUAUUGGUGCCUUCUGUUUUCAGGGCCAUUGUAUCAUUGCAUCCAGCAGGCUCUAUAAACCCUGAUGCAGUGGCCUUUUUCUCUCCCGAUGAGGGAGGCAGUUAUAUUCAUGCGAGAGGCUUUUCAGUCUAUCAUGCAUUCAAACACAUCACGGAACAUGCUAAUAAGGCGUUGCAGUAUUUUGUGGGUGCUAAGGCUGAUUCAUCGCUGGACCUCUUUUUGCAAUGGAUUAGCAGCUACGAAACUCUGUUUACGAAGCCUUGCAGUAAAUGCCGACGCCUCCUGAUGAUGGAUAAGCCUACGGCUUUGUUCUUGCCUCCCGUUCAUCGUCCCUAUCAACAGACCUCCACCAGUAAAAUCUCAUCGACCCAACAGCCAUUGCCGCAAAAAGAUCAGAGCUCUGAUGUUGCCACUGUCUACCAUAUUGGGUGUUCUUCUGAUGAAACCUAGCCGAAUUCUAAGGUGGGAUAUUGACUUGCUCAGGUAUCAUCCCCACUGAUGACUUGUAUGGAAUUUUUUGACUGAAAAUCUGUAACUUCUCUAAAUUUGCUUCCAUAUAGCAAAAAUUGAUAAAAAUCCCAAACACUAAGAUGCACAUAUAUAAGCACGCACUCCACUCUCCUACAUUGUAUUACUCUUUUCAUGAAAUUUGUAUACUUGUAGGAUACAGUUUAACCAGAUAGCCUAAUUUACCAUGUUCUUUAUUUUCUUGAAACUUGAGAAAUUUCUUAUGCAAUUGAUAUGUGAUGGGAGACCAUUGUGUUUGGAUACAAGGAAUUCAAAGUGGGAAUAUGGAAAAGGUAAUGGUUAUUCCGAU